AUGGCGGAGUACAACGACUGGGGCACGGCGGAGUCGCCCAUGCUGGAGUCGCGGUACCACGGCAGCGGCGGCUGGGGCGCGGGGGCCUCCUCGGCGGGAGUGUCGCAGAGCGGGGAGGUGUCUUCCAGGCCCGCGCCGCUGCGCCUGGCGCUGGACCCCGCGGGCCUCGGCGGGGCGCUGCUGCUCCUCUCCGCCUGCGGCAACAUGCUCGAGGAGUUCGACCUCCUGAUGGAGGAGAACGCCAACAUGCUGGUGGCCGGCGGCGCCUACCGCUCCGCAGACAGGGCGCUGUACCGGACGGCGUCGAAGCAGGGGGCCAACUUGAUGGAGAAUUUCUUGCUCGGGCACGGCCUCCCUGCGGAAAGGAUACGCCGCCUGGACUUCAACAACGGCGUCAACAUCACGCCCGAGGAGGAGGUCCGCGAGUUCUUCCGCUUGCUGCCACCAGGGCAGCCCGCGCUGGUCUACUACUGUGGCCCAGUCACCCUGGAAGGGGAGUUCGCGCUGGUGUGGUACAACCAGGAGGACGAGCAGAACGUGGCGGUCAUCGACCCUGCGUUUCUGGUGCCCGACCCCGCUGCGCUUGGCGGCGACGUCUUCGUCGUGGCCGACGCCUCCUGCACCGCACGCUGCUGGCUGGCCCCGAGCCUGAGGGUCCAGGGCGUCGCCGCCUGGGCCGCGUCGGCUCGACGGGACGAGGGCGGCAUCCCCCCGCUGACGGCCUGGCUGACCGGCAGCCAGGCGCACGCCGCCGGGCCGCCCGAGGGGGCGCUGUUCUGGGUCCCGCCUGUCCGGGCGGCGCGCACGAGGGGGGGUCUUGCCCCUCUCGCCCCGCACCCCUCCUGCGCGCGGCCGGCCCUCUCCGGCCUGACCCGGCUGCCCGGCUUCGGCGAGCUGUUCCGGGGCCCGGUGCCCCCGCCGGAUAGGGCGGGGUCGCUGCUGUGGGAGUUGCAGCAACAGCUGGGCGCGGGCACCAAGCAGGAGCAGCUCUGUCUGGGCAGCACCGAGAUGGUCGCCAGGGGCGCCGCGCUGAUGCUCGCGAGCAUCCUCGAGGCGCACGGCGAGAAGGGGCCGUCGGCGCUCCUGCUGCAGGUGCUGUGGCUCCUCCACGUGAUGGUCGUGCACGCCCCCGCGGAGCGCUGGGUCGGCUCGCUGCCGCGGGCCCUCUCCGCGGUGCUGGCCGUGGCGGGCCUGCGGGGCUGCCCGGAGCCCGACGUGGCGACAUUGGGCCUCCUCCGAGCAGCGGUGCUCGGCCUGGCGGCCGCCUGCGCGAGCAAGUGCCCGCUGUGCAGGCAGCGGUGCUGCCGGGAGCACUGGGAGGACCUGCUCGUGAUGAGCGGCCAGGCGAUCGAGGGAGCCUUUGGAGAGGCAGCAACGCUGGCGGGCUGCCGAGUGGUGACGCAGCUGGCCAGCUUGCGCGUGCCCGAGAAGGACGAAGAGCUCUGGAUGGUGGACGGCUUGCGCAAGACGCUAUGGUCGCAGGAGUGGUGUCCGGACACGCUGCAGGCUCUGCUGUUCACCUCGCUGAACAGCACCAAGCUGAAGCUCCACCUCCUGAGCGGCAUCCGCUACGGCGAGUUCCGCGAGCUGUUGUCGCGCGCCGGGCCGGCGACGAAAGCCCAGAUACUGGCGCUCAUCCGCUCGGUCGUCGCCGUGGAGCCGCCCUCCCUGGCCGCGGGGAAGCUGAAGCCCGAGCUGGUGGACACUGUCAUCAUGCACCUGUGCGAGACCGAGCGCAUGGGCCUCGCAGCCCUGGGCGCCAUCGCGGUUGCGGACGAGGGGCUCGCGGAGCGCGCCGCGGAGGGGGGCGCCAUCUGCGCGGCCUGGGCGCUGAGCUGCGAUGGGCUCUACAGCGACCGCGCGGUGGAGCAGGAGGCGUUUGGGGAGGGGAGCGGACCGCUGCGCGAGCAGGCGCUGUUCUGCGCCUUCACGUUGCUUCGGACCAAGCCGCGGAUCGGGGCCCUGGCGGCCUCGAGCAUGUCGCGUGCGCUGCGCGAGGGCACCGCGGCGGGCGCGGAGGUGCAGCGCUUUGGGAUGAAGCUCAUGGGGCGCCUGGCGCAGACGAAGGAGGGUGCCGCCCUGGUGGAGCCCCACGCGGAGGUCCUGCUGGAGACGCUCGCUUCCCCGCACUGCCAGGUCGCCGCCGCCCUGGCGGGCUGCUGCGCGGUGGGCAACCUGCUCGCUUGCGCCCCCGCGUCGCGCGUGCGGCUGGCUGGCCAGCGGGUGAAGCUCGUGAAGGCUAUGCAGCGGCUCGCCGACGCCGCCCACGCGCGGGGCGAUGACGAGGCCCUCGCGCAGCGCGAGGAGAUCCUGCGCUGGUCCCGCGUGUUCGUGGAGACGCUGGGGGGCGAUUGGCGCAGGCACGCCGGAGGCCCCCGCCCGGCGCCGGAGGCCGGCGAGCCCGUGCCCGAGCCGCCGAGGUCCGAGGCCGACAGCGACGAGUUCUGCGUCCACGACAGCGGUUCGGCGAGUGCAAGGGGGCGAAGAAGGACCAGGGCGGCCCCAAGGGCAGGGCGGCCACCACGCAGGACCUGA